UACGGCUGUCAAGUUGUCUGAUUCCAGAAUUGCCCUGAAAUCUGGCUAUGGGAAGUAUCUUGGUAUAAAUUCAGAUGGGCUUGUAGUUGGGCGUUCGGAUGCAAUUGGACCAAGAGAACAAUGGGAACCAGUCUUUCAAAAUGGGAAAAUGGCUUUAUUGGCCUCAAAUAGCUGCUUUAUUAGAUGUAAUGAAGCAGGGGACAUAGAAGCAAAAAGUAAAACAGCUGGAGAAGAAGAAAUGAUAAAGAUUAGAUCCUGCGCUGAAAGAGAAACCAAGAAAAAAGAUGAUAUUCCAGAAGAAGACAAAGGAAAUGUAAAACAGUGUGAAAUCAAUUAUGUAAAGAAAUUUCAGAGCUUCCAAGACCACAAACUUAAAAUAAGUAAAGAAGACAGUAAAAUUCUUAAAAAGGCUCGGAAAGAUGGAUUUUUGCAUGAGACGCUUCUAGACAGGAGAGCCAAAUUGAAAGCUGACAGAUACUGCAAAUGACUUGAGAUUUUUGUUUCUGCCUUAUCUUUCUGUG